AGCGUGAUUCCAAAACGGAAUCGUAAGCUUCCAACAUGUUUUUAAAAAGAAUAUUUUAGAAGCGUUUUGGAAGCGAGAUUCCGUAAGCUUCCACAAGAUUCUGAUUUCGAUUCCGAUUCCGAAGCGGGAAGCGGACGUCCGAUGAAGCUUCUGUGCAACGUAGCUCAGAAGUUACAUUCAUUUGGCGUGAAUGAUAUACAUAGAAAAAAAAAUCAAUAAUGAUCAUUAUUUUAUUAUUUUUUAUCUACAAAAUAUGUGUGAGUGAUUUCUGUUUUAUAAAAGUGUAGAUUCAGGGGAAACUAUGUGUAGAAAAAGUUGAAAUGAAAAUGUUUUUAUAAUAAAAUAAAAGAGAAAUAUAAAAAGAGUUAUAAAAAAUAUUUACGUUUUGAAUGGAUGGUAAAUAAGAGAAAACAUGUCAUGAAAAGAAUGGCAAAUUGAACUUCUAGGACAUCUCCAACCUAACUACAAUUUUCAUUCUAAAAUAGAGUAAAAAUGGAUAUGAAGUAAAAAAUGGUUCAACCCAACUAUAUAUCUCACUGUACAAUAGAGUUUACUCCAUAAAAAUAGAGUAAUCUAUUUUUUUUUUUGUUCAUUGCACCAUAAUAGAAUGAGAAAUGAAAUGGGAUUAGAACAUUUUUACUUCAUAUCUACUUUUAUUCUAUUUUAGAGAAAAAAAAUAAAGUUUUACAUUGGAAAUGUUCUUAAUAAGGUUGAAAUGAUUUUUAAAAUAGUUUGGGGUUGUGGAUAUGAAAGUGUUAGAAAACAAAGGAAGCCUGUAAAUCCUUAAAUAUACAUACAAAUUUCUUAUAUUGAAAUGUGGCAUCAGAUUAUUUCCAUGGGAAAAUGUUUGGUAAAAUCACAAAGUCAAACUUUCCAGGAAAAUGUAGAUAUGGUCAAAUAUUCACCAUGACUUUGAAUUUGUUUUUUUUUUUUGGGUUGGGUGAGUUUUUAUUUUUUUUAAAAUAUUUGAUAAUCAUUAUUUCAGUGACAAAGAGUUUGAUAAGGAAAAAAGUUACCAUCUUUACUACUAAUGACAAACAUUGUCAAAACUCGCGAUUGAACUCAAUAUAAAAUCACCUUCCAAUCUGGAUACGAAGGAAUUUGUAUUUUGAACCAAAACUUGAUAUACUAAAUAUGAAUCCUUGCUACUAUCAAGUUAACAGUUGUGAUUAUAGUACUUUAGAUUUAAUCCAGAGGAUCAGUCUAUACUUUACUCUUAUAAAUUUCAAUAUUAAGCUAAGAAGAAAAUGAUUUUCAAUUCAAUUGGUGACGCGGAAAACAAGUAAAUUAGAGAUUGAUUCAAUUUAACAAGAAGCUAGCCUAAGGUAUUUCAUUGGGUAUUGAGCGAGAGCCAAACAAUUAUUCAAGCGCGAUGCAGUGUUUUUUAGAACUCGGAUCACUCAGCUGGAACACCCCACUGUCGUGGUAGUGAUCCCUUUGCUGGUCGAUCCCACCAUCUAACAGAAUCAUUGCGUUUUAUAAUGUUUCAUGUUAUUACGAAUUAUAGUCAAAAGUGUCUAGACAAACACAUAUUUUGCAUCAGAAAAAUGUCACGAGAAGGAAAUAAAAGAUUGAUUUUUUUUCACUAGCGAGUAAGGCUUCCUUUCAUAAAGCAUUGUUAAACUUUUUUUUUUUGGAACACUGUUAAACUUUUUUUUCAUUGUAUAUUUUUUUUCAAUAUAUGACGCAUAUAUUUUCUUAUGUAAUAUUUUUUUUAGAAGGUCUGAAUAUUAAUUUUGUAAUGUUAACUUUUACGAGUAAAAUUUGUUUGCCAUGAAAAAGAUCGUUUUAAAACAUUUUUUCUAUCUCUACUUCAGUAUUGUUAUUGUUAUUUUAUGUAUGAGAAACUGAGUCAUAAAUCUUGUUAAUGAUGUUCUAAAUGCUUCUUUAUGUUGAAAAUGUUUGUGUAAUGAACUGAUGAUGAAUGCCUUUAGAGUUGUUACUUUUAUGUAGUUCUUUUUUACUUUUAAUUUGAAUAAAAAUUUCAAUGGGUUCGUUAUAGUCCAUGUGCCACAUAUUGUGAAAUCAUCAGAGUUCAAACUACAAGGUUCUCAUCAGUGUUUGUGUAAGUGUCAUUGGUAUGUGUUUAAAUUAUACGGAUUAUCACAUAAUUUCAUAAAGUUUGAUAACAUGAUGGAGUUCGCUCCUAGAAAUAUAGCUACCCUUCACGUCAAUCCCACGAGCUUAUUAUGUUCAAUUAUUUAUAUCAUUUUGGCUGGUGAAGACAUGUAAUGUUCCUACUAGCUAACUGAGCCUCAGUCACAUAAUGGCUAGAGCUUAUAUCAGUUAUACGUUCUGCUCUAUCUACUAAUACAAACUCAAAUUCAAAAUCUUGUCGGGAGACUCGACUUCCUGAAAAACCCAGUCAUGUCCAUUUUCCAACAAAAACCAAAUCCAAUGAUCAUCGACAUCACCAUCUUUGGCCAAAAACACUGAUGAGAAUUUUAAAAUAGUUUGGAAAAGCACAGACAUUUAUAGAAAAGCAACACACCUGCAUCAGUCAAUGACUAAACAGACAUUGGAUUUAACAAAUCCAUAACCAAACAAAUAACACUAUUAUUUUAUUAUUAUAUUUUCAAAUUUUGUCACAUCCUCCAACAUACUUGAAGCUCUCACAAGAAUUCAAAAAAACUUUCCCAUGUCUACAUUACACCACGUUGGUACACUAGAACCCAUCAUCACCCACAUUCUUCUCCUUCGUCUUCUUCUUCUUCUUCGCUCAUCUCUUUAUCUGCAACUCCUCGUUGCAUGAACUUAUUAUAAUCAAAGAAAAAUGCAGCUUCUUCGACUCCUUUCACUUCUUGUUUCUUUAUUCUUCUACCACUUCAUCACCUUAUCCUCGUCGUUAAACCACGAUGGCCUAUCUCUUCUCGCACUCAAAUCCGCGGUCGGUCACGACCCGACACGUGUGAUGACUUCCUGGUCCGAAUCCGACCAAACUCCAUGCCACUGGCCAGGCAUCACCUGCACACGCGGCCGAGUCACCUCCCUCACUCUCUCCGGAAGAAGACUCUCCGGCUACAUCCCUUCCGAACUCGGACUCCUCGACUCGCUCACAAGACUCGAACUCAGCCGCAACAACUUCUCCGAACCCGUCCCCACUCGUCUCUUCAACGCCGUUAACCUCCGUUACAUCGACCUCUCCCACAACUCAAUCUCCGGCCCAGUCCCGGCCCAAAUAAAAGCCCUCAAGAAUCUCACUCAUCUCGACGUCUCCUCCAACCGCCUCAACGGCUCACUCCCCGAGUCGCUCACUCAACUCGGAAGCCUCGUCGGCACACUCAACCUCUCGUACAACCGAUUCUCCGGCGAAAUUCCGCCGUCGUACGGCCGGUUCCCUGUCUUCGUCAGCUUAGACCUCGGCCAUAAUAAUCUCACCGGAAAAAUACCUCAGAUAGGCUCUCUGUUGAACCAAGGACCAACCGCGUUCGCCGGAAACUCUGACCUCUGUGGCUUUCCGUUACAGAAGCUCUGUAGAGAGCCAAAGCUCGUCGCUCCUAAACCGGAAGGCUCGCAAAUCCUUAACAGAAAACCAAACCGGAUUUUGGAAAAAAAUAAUAAACCGGUUACCGGAACCGUAACGGUUUCACUGAUAACCGGAUUCUCCGUCGUGAUCGGAGUAGUUUCCCUCUCCGUAUGGCUGAUUCGAAGAAAACAGAGCUCCGGUGAGUUCAAAUCGGAGAACACGGCGGCGCCACCGGAGGAGGAGAAAGGUAAGCUCGUUGCUAUGGACGAAGGCUUCGAGCUAGAGCUUGAAGAUCUAUUAAGAGCCUCUGCUUACGUCGUGGGGAAGAGCAGAAGCGGGAUUGUGUACAGAGUAGUCGCCGGAAUGGGAUCGGGAACGGUGGCGGCGACUUUUUCGACGUCAACCGUCGUCGCCGUUAGAAGGCUCAGCGACGGGGACGCCACGUGGAGGAGGAAAGAUUUUGAAAAUGAGGUGGAGGCGAUCGGUAGGGUCCACCAUCCGAAUAUCGUACGGCUGAGAGCUUAUUACUAUGCAGAGGACGAGAGGCUUUUGAUCACGGAUUACAUACGUAAUGGCAGCUUGUACUCUGCUUUACAUGGAGGAUCCUCAAAUACUCUGCCUUCAUUAUCUUGGCCUGAAAGGUUACGUAUUUCACAAGGAACUGCUCGUGGGUUGAUGUAUAUACACGAGUACAGCCCCAGAAAGUAUGUCCAUGGAAACCUAAAAUCAACCAAGAUCCUGCUCGAUGAUGAACUGCAGCCUCGCAUCUCAGGCUUUGGUCUAACACGUCUAGUCUCUGGCUACUCAAAACUCACCGGUUCGUUAUCCGCAAAAAGGCAAAGCCUAGACCAAACCUUCUUAACCUCUGCUACAGUGGUGACAAGAAUCUCAUCUCCCUCGGUUGCUUACCUUGCACCAGAGGCUCGAGCUACUUCUGGUUGCAAAUUAUCUCAGAAGUGCGAUGUGUAUUCGUUUGGUGUUGUCUUAAUGGAGUUGUUGACUGGUCGUAAGCCCAAUGUUUCAUCUGAAAACAAUGGUGAAGAGCUCGUGUGUAUUGUGAGGAGUUGGUUUAAAGAAGGGAAGCAUUUGGACGAGAUUUUAGACCAAGAGGUUAUAAACAAAGGUUAUGAAGAGAAGCAAGUGAUUGCAGCCAUUCAUGUCGCAUUGAACUGCACGGAGAAGGAUCCAGAGGUUCGUCCCAGGAUGAGAUCAGUAUCUGAAAGUCUUGGUCGAAUCAAGUUAGACUAAUAGCUGAGAAAGCAAGGAAGUUUUGCAAAUCCGAGUGUAAAAUUUAUGCACCAUCAUGUCUUGCUUCUCGAGAAGCUGUGCUUUUCUUUGUUUUGCCAUGUUGAAGGGUUUAGGGUUCUUGAUCAUUGGGUUAUUGUUAUCAAUUAAAAUGGUUUGUUGUUUGUUUAUCAUCUUGAUAACAAUAACAAAGUUUGUAAUAAAACAAUGUUCCCAUUAAGUUUUUCAUGUUCUAAAGAUCUCAAA